GAGAGAGAAAGAAUCAAAAGUAUUAAACUUCUUUCUCUCUCUCUCCCUCCCUCCCUCCCACCAAUCGGCCCUCUCCCCCUCUUCACCCUGAAUAUCAACAGAAAUCCCGCAACUUCUCUUGAAGAGCAAAUAAGCAAGAGGUAGGUGGGGAGGAGGGGGUGGACCGUAGAUAAAAGUGGGGAAGAGAGAGAGAAAGAGCGAGAGAGAAAGAGAAAGAGAGAAAGAGAGAAGAGCAAACGUUGGUAGUGCGAACAAAUGUUUGGAAACGUACUGUCAGACGAUCGCGAAGUGUCGCGAGACAAGGAGAAGGAGAUCCGUUACGCGUUCUUCUGCUUCUUAUUAUCGUUUUUAUUUUUUUCCCUAAUAACAUUACUACCUUCUAUCACAAAGUUAAAAAGAAAAAAUAAAAAACGGAAUAAAGUAUCAUCGGUCAAUCGAUUGAAAAUAUAUCAUAAUCGACAUAUUAAAAAAAGACGUAUUCGCUUUGUGCCGUUUCAAUUACGUUAUGGGAAUGUUAGGAGUAUUUAAGUGGCUCCGAAAAGAUAUUGGCUAUCGGGAUAGAAGCAGACGUAGUUUGUCGAGACAAUCAACCUUUUCGAAUGAAUCUUAUCGGAACGCAUUACAAGCGUUCGUAGAUCGUCGAAGAUUUUCAACGACUAUGUUAGACGCAACAUCGCAAAAUAAUUUAGACGUAAAUGGUGGUGUUAGUUUGUUAACGGAAAAUGGUAAAGAUGUGGAGAACGAUAAUGAAAAUUGUAACAAGGAAAAAACGGUACAACAACAACAACAACAACAACAAGAAGAAGAAGAAGAAGAAGACAAUUCGAUAUUAUUAUUGGAUGUACCAAACGUAACAGCUUCAGAGAUCUUUGAGAUUGGUUUGGUCGCCGGAACGGAGGAUCGAUAUUUGGAAUUGAUAUAUGCCGAAUGGGAAAAUACACGGAUCUCGUUAAAGAGGCAAACGCAUCCGGAAUGUCGAAACGCGGUCAAAACCGACAUGGAAAUUCUCACAAAAAUUCGACAUCCAAACAUAGUGAUGUUAAUGGCGAUGACGCAUACGGAGGAUUACGGGCUCGUAUCGAUUCUCGAACCUGUUGACUGUACCCUUUACAAUUACAUGCACGAGCAAGGCGAACGAAUUUCCGUUCGAGAGAUGGCAAGGUUCGCCGGUAAACUGGCUGAUGCACUUAGGCAUGCACACAUGCGUGGUUACGUUCAUAGUGCUAUUAGUUCGCAUUGCGUUUAUCUCGCCUUUGGCGAAACUGUUAAACUAGCAGGAUGGGAAUUGGCAAUCAACUUGGCUAAACCAAAGCCCAAACAAGAGUACGAGGAUAUUUUACGUAGUGAAAUAUUUAGAUGGCAAGCACCGGAAUUAUUUUCUGGUAUAUCUUGCAAAGAGAGCGACGUUUAUGGGCUUGCCUUACUUAUAUGGGAAAUGUGCACGACGCAUGUACCAUGGAGUGGCUGCAACAUAUCAGAAGUCAAGAAACAGUAUCUACAAUUGAAACAUAGUAUUCCCAUAGAUUUAUGCAAUUCCAUACCUUUAAUUAAUAGUUUAUUAGAAAUUGCUUUACAAAUUGAUAUCGCCAAACGAAAUAUCGAUAUUAAUAAAAUACGUAGAUUGUUGCAAAGUCUUGAGAUACAAUACGAGCAUAAGGAUCCCGUAUAUGUCGAUGAAUGCAAAAAGGACAAAACAGAAAUAAAUAAGACAAAUGUAACACCAAUUGUCGAAAAAUCAAUUAAAACAGAUCAUCAUAAAAUCCCUUCACAAACUAAUUUAACCGAAGAAUGUUUGGAUCUUACGACAAAUAAAAACAUUUUGGAUCCUACGAAAAGUAAGGAAUAUUAUAAUUCUAUGAAAACUAAACAAUAUUUGGAUCCUACAAGAACUAAGAUUCGUACAUGUGACUCCGAAGUUCCCAUAAACUUACCUAGUACCACCAAUAUAAAAAAUACUUUAAUUCAAAAUGAACCAUCGAAGGAUUUGUACAAUAAUCAUAAAGAAAAUGAAUUGCAUUCUUUGGAUCGAGAAAAUAAAGAAAUAAAAAAGAAAAGUAACAAUGUGGAUUUGGAUAUGUCUAAAAUAAAAUCGUUCAAUACAUUUGCAAAGUCUCAACAAAUGAAAAAAUCUAUGACAUCGAAUAAUUUAUAUAAAAAAGUAAGAAUACCUAAGAACCUUUCGGAAUCUGAUAAUAGCUCUAUAUCAUCGUUAUCUCUUGGUGUUAACGAUCUUGUCGAAGAUAUUCCAAUUGAUGUAAAUGCACGUCUCAAUUUGCAACGUCUUAAAGAACUUCUUGCUAAUAGAAGAGAACGUUUUUUUAAUGGUAUCCGUUCGCCACAAUUGUUUGAACAAAGACAAAGUUUAAGAAAUUCGAUUAAGGACACGGAGCUAUUGUCCAAAGUGAAAAGUAAAGAUUACGAGCCGCAUAAACCCGCAAGUCAUAAAACAUGUUUAGAACCAAAAUUUAACAAAUCUCCUGGCUCAUAUGAUUCAUCUUACGUAUCACCGAGUCAAGCAACUCGCAAACAACCUUACUCGCAGAUGCCUGUCAAUAUUAAAAAUGCAAUAAUGCAACCACGGGUACUAAUCCCAGAUUCUCAAAACUUUUUCGAAUCAUCCUUAUGGAAAAAAGAAAAAGAAAUUUGUAUAUCGAAAAUGAGCAAAGGGGACAAAAAUGAAGUGCAAACAUCUGAAGAAAGUUCUGAAAAUAUUUCUACGAAAUUAAAUAUCAUAAAACAUUCAGAAAUAUGUAAUACAAAUAAAAAAUCAGAAACAAAUGUGCAAAAUAAUAGGGUACUUAUUGAAAAUAUACCUGAAUCGGAGGAAAUAGCAUAUAAUAAAAAUAACUCGUUACAAGUUCUGAAAGAUGCAUUAGAUCGAGCAACUGAAAUAAUUUGUUCGACGUCUACUCAAAAUGAUGCGAUUACAUCAUGCUUACCUUCACAAUCUUAUAAUAAUAUUAAUGAUAUAACAAAAAACACGUACAUUAAUAAACCUUUUAUCGAUAAAGCAUACGAUUUGACUUAUACCGACGAUAUAGAAGAAAUAAAAACUAAAAAGAAAAUGGACUAUAUAUGUAGAUCAUCUUUAUUAAAUAAAAAUAUGUCUGUCGAUAUUGAAACAUUGGAAAAUAAUGUUUAUGACUCUAAGACUGAUAUGAAUAAUUUUAUAAGUGAAGAUGGAAAAUAUGAAAAAAUUAUUCAACGUUUCAAAAAUCCAAUCCAUAAUUCUGAUACGAUAGAACAUAAUAAUAAAAAAGUAUCCAAUGAAAUUUCAUCCAAAGAAUUCUUUUCACCAAUAUCGAUUGAUGAAAAGCAUGAUUUUCAAUUGCCCUUUUCAUCGACAUUAGAUAAUAAUUGCAAAGCCUGUAAUAAUAAAAUGUCAUUACAAAGACGACGUUCUUUACCAGCUACAUUUCCACAUCCAAAAUUAGCAAAUAAUUUGCAAUUGGGCAAAUUACCGAUACGUAAGGCUGAUCAUUCAAUAAAUAGCUCUAUAGAGGAUUUCUAUAUUGACGAUGAUAAUUUAGAGUUGAUGAAUUUAAAUAUUAAUAUGUUGUUAUUGGACGAUGAAAUGUUCUAUGAUAAUUAUUUGUUUGAUAAACAAACAGUUUAAAAUCUUCUUUUAAGGCUGACAUUGGUUUAUUUUUUUUUUCCUUUUUUUUUUUUUUUUUUUUUUUUUUUCUUGUAUUCUAUUGAUUGAAUUUUAUUCACAAGUUUAGUUUUUUUUAUAGAUUUGACUAAUACUAAUAGUAAUUAGUAAACUUCAACAAUGGUUGGUAAACAAAGUAAAAAAAAGAAAAAAAAAAAAAAGAAGAAAAAAAAAGAAAAAGAAAAAAACAGAAAUAAGUGUUCAAGCUUUGUUCUUACUGUUAAAUAAACACUACCAAAAAACAAA